AUGCUACUGGCAACGGUCCUGGGGAGUGGUCCCCGGGGCGGGCCACCACUCCGGCCCCUACUGGGACCUGCACUUUCACUCCGAUCUCGCUCUACGUCGGCCACAGACACACACCAUGUGGAGAUGGCCCGUGAGCGCUCGAAGACCGUCACCUCUUUCUACAACCAGUCCGCCAUCGACGUGGCGGCUGAGAAGCCUUCAGUCCGUCUCACCCCGACGAUGAUGCUCUAUUCUGGCCGCUCUCAGGAUGGCAGCCACCUUCUGAAAAGUGCCCGCUAUCUCCAGCAAGAACUGCCAGUGCGAAUCGCUCACCGCAUCAAGGGCUUCCGAAGCCUUCCUUUCAUCAUUGGCUGCAACCCCACCAUCCUGCACGUGCACGAGCUAUACAUCCGUGCCUUCCAGAAGCUGACAGACUUCCCUCCGAUCAAGGACCAGACAGAAGAGGCCCAGUACUGCCAGCUGGUGCGACAGUUGCUGGAUGAUCAUAAGGAUGUGGUGACCCUCUUAGCGGAGGGCCUGCGUGAGAGCCGAAAGCACAUAGAGGAUGAAAAGCUUGUCCGCUAUUUCUUGGACAAGACACUGACUUCACGCCUGGGGAUCCGCAUGUUGGCUACACAUCACCUGGCACUGCACGAGGACAAGCCUGAUUUUGUGGGAAUCAUCUGCACUCGCCUCUCACCAAAGAAGAUCAUUGAAAAAUGGGUGGAUUUUGCCAGACGCCUGUGUGAGCACAAGUAUGGCAACGCCCCCCGCGUCCGCAUCAACGGGCACGUGGCGGCUCGUUUCCCCUUCAUCCCUAUGCCGCUGGACUACAUCCUACCCGAGCUGCUCAAGAAUGCCAUGAGAGCUACAAUGGAGAGUCACCUAGACACUCCUUACAAUGUCCCAGAUGUCGUCAUCACCAUCGCCAACAAUGACAUUGAUCUUGUCAUCAGGAUUUCAGAUCGGGGCGGGGGAAUUGCUCACAAGGACCUGGACCGGGUCAUGGACUACCACUUCACGACGGCCGAGGCCAGUACCCAGGAUCCCCGGAUCAGCCCCCUUUUUGGCCACAUGGACAUGCUCAGUGGAGGCCAGUCAGGACCCAUGCAUGGCUUUGGCUUCGGGCUGCCCACAUCACGAGCCUACGCAGAAUACCUCGGGGGCUCCCUGCGGCUGCAGUCCCUGCAGGGCAUCGGCACGGAUGUCUACCUGCGGCUCCGUCACAUUGAUGGCCGGGAGGAGAGCUUCCGCAUCUGACCUGAGGCCUUGGCCUGCUUGCGGGCCCAGCCCGGGCCACUUACCCUGCUGGGACCUUCCAGGUCACGCAGGGGCCCAACCUGCUCCACCUGCUGCUGCGUCUUGGGUCUUAGGUCCCUUGGCAGUUGGAUUUAUGUGGAGCUGGGCACCUCCACCCUCAGUGGGGUUCACUGCUUCCCUGUCUUCCGUCCUUGAAGGGGGAAAUGGGGAGCCCCUGAGGCCUCCAGCACCAGCUCCAGCAUUCUUGCUCCUGGGGGACUCCCCACUUUGACCUGCUGUUUGUUAUUAAAAGUUCACCUUUUGAAUGCCCCCUUGGGCCCCGUGUGUGGGAUAGGCAGG